CUCCUGAGUGUGAUGGCCUAUGACCGCUAUGUGGCCAUUUGUCACCCACUCCACUACACCCUGAUGAUGAGGCCCAGACUCUGUGUCCUCCUGGUGGCCAUAUCAUGGGUCAUCACACACCUGCAUGCUCUCUUGCACACUCUCCUCAUGGUUCGACUCACCUUCUGUUCCCACAAUGCAGUGCCCCACUUCUAUAGUGAUCUCUACCUUGUCCUGAAACUCUCAUGUUCUGGUACCUUUAUCAAUGAUGUCACAGUCUUUGCUGAGGGUGGAAUGAUAUUUAUGACACCAUUUGUAUGCAUUGUUGUUUCCUAUGUCUACAUCUGCUCUAAGGUCUUGAAGAUGCCCUCUGCCCGGGGGAUAAGAAAAGCCAUGUCCACUUGUGGUUCCCACCUCACUGUGGUCUCUCUUUUCUACGGGACAGUCCUAGGAGUUUAUAUGCACCCUUCUUCCUCCUACUCACUACAAGAUGCAGUGGCCUCUGUCAUCUUCACAGUGGUGACCCCUAUGGCCAACCCGUUCAUCUAUAGCCUGAGGAAUCGUGACAUCAAUGGAGCCCUAAGGAAGAUAAUUCUUAGGUCUUAG